AUGACGUUUCAUAACAAGGAGCGGGGUUUACUCAUAACAUUGGCAUAAAAACAGAGGACAGCGUGUUAAAAUGUGAUAUUAUUUCAUAUGGUUUUAUUUAUAACUAUUAAUAUUUAGGAGAAGGCUACCUUAGGGUGAUGAUAUUUUGAAAGUCGCAAGCCUUAACAUUUUUUCCUAGCAUGGCGAGGGACAGUAUACAGUUAUAUAUGGCUUUUCAGGGAAUUAAAAAAAAGCGACUUCGUGUUUUUCUCAAAGUAUAAUUGAAUUUACGUUUCUUGAGGUCACCGUUAAUCCUCUGUCAUACUACAUUAUUAUGCAGCUGCUGUCUGACAAUGUUUAAUAUCCACAGUGUGUUAGUCUAUUUUCUGGUGGCAUCCUCAAACGUGAAGCCUGUGAUACUGGAGUUUUGUCAAAGUGCUGACCGUGGCUGCCACACUUAUCAUGACUCAGCAUCCUCACACACUCCCACCACCCUGCAGCUGACCCUAACAAACUACAGCCAUGCCCUGGACCACUUCAGUGUCUCUUGUAUGAAGCUCCUAGAGGCUUUUCCAGUCGAUCAGGUUGAUGGCAACUUUGUUCGCGCUGUGAGGAACUGCGUUUUUUCCAAAUCCAUUCCAACUCCACUGAAAGGCCCGCUGAGACUUGCAGCAGUCUCUAAGGAUGUCAUUGAAGGGAUCUUAGAUUUGGACGCUGCUGUGACCCAGUCGGAGGAUUUCCUGCUUUAUGUCAGUGGUGCUAGACUCAUGCCAGGAUCUGUCCCCCUUGCACACAGAUAUGGGGGUCAUCAGUUUGGCUACUGGGCAGGUCAGCUGGGAGACGGCCGAGCGCAUUUUCUUGGCCAGUAUACGAACAGGAAGGGGGAAAUAUGGGAUCUUCAGCUUAAAGGUUCUGGGAAAACUCCAUACUCGAGGUCGGGAGACGGCCGAGCUGUGAUCCGAUCCUCGGUCAGGGAGUUCCUGUGCAGCGAGGCCAUGCAUUCCCUGGGCGUUCCCACCAGCAGGGCUGCAAGUCUUGUUGUAAGCAAGGAACCAGUUUUGAGGGACCAAUUCUACAAUGGCAAUGUGAAGACAGAGAGAGGAGCUGUUGUUCUCCGGCUCGCUAAGUCAUGGUUUCGGAUUGGAUCGUUGGAGAUUUUGUCUCGAACUGGAGAGAUAGAUCUUCUGAGAAAAUUGUUGAACUUUGUGAUUGAGGAGCAUUUCCCUUCCAUCAGUUCAGAUGACCCAGAUAAAUACUUGGUGUUGUAUGCCACGAUUGUAAAUGAAACCGCUCAUCUGAUUGCCAGCUGGAUGUCAGUUGGGUUUGCACACGGCGUGUGCAACACAGACAACUUCAGCCUCCUGUCCAUCACCAUUGACUAUGGCCCGUUUGGCUUCAUGGAGUCAUAUGAUCCCAAUUUUGUCCCCAACACAUCUGAUGAUGAGGGGAGGUACAGCAUAGGAGCCCAGGCCAACGUCGGGCUGUUCAACCUGGAGAAACUGCUGGAGGCUCUUAGUCCCGUUUUUACCCCAAAACAACAGCAGGGGGCUCAGCAUAUUUUAAAAGGAUACGCUGAUAUUUACCAGAUGAGGUGUCACCAGAUGUUUAAGGCAAAGUUGGGACUUCUUGGUGAGGAAGAGGAUGAUGGCUACCUCAUUGCCUUCCUGCUUAAGAUGAUGGAGGACACACAGUCUGACUUCACCAUGACCUUCAGACAGCUUAGCGAAGCUUCGGCCCAGCAGCUUCGUGACAGGGACUUCACACAGAUGUGGGCUCUUGAUGACCUGUCGUCCCACAAGCUCUUCUCCCGCUGGCUCAGCAUGUACCUGCUCCGGCUCGGAAGUCAAGAAAAUGACCGCGAUGUGGAUCGUCAGCAGAGGAUGAAAAACGUAAAUCCUCGAUACGUGCUGAGGAACUGGAUGGCAGAGUCAGCCGUAAGGAAAGCUGAGGUCGAUGACUUUUCUGAGGUGGAGCUACUACACCGCGUUCUGUCGGUUCCCUUUGUUACACAAGAGACUGCAGAGGAGGCGGGCUAUGCAGCACGACCCCCAUCGUGGGCUAAGAGGUUGAAGGUCAGCUGUUCCUCAUGAGUGACUCCUUAAUAGCAAAUUGCUUGGCUGAAAAAGACUCAUGGGAGAGAUUUUGUGGCCGAAAUGGGACUGCAGUGUAUUGAAAGACUGAAUAUAUUGGGUCUCAUAUUUCAGGGUUGCUGCUGUUCAUGCUUUUGCACUGUGAUUAAGCAUAUGAUAGACAGUGAAAAAUACAGUCAGGGACAAUUUUCAUAGCCACACCGUGAGAGACAAGCUAAACACUUGCAAGCAUUUUGCACAGUAAUAUCACAUUUUAGUUAUUUCUGAGGCUUUUUCAGACGUCUACCUUGUGUAAUUCAAGACCAAAAUGAUGCUUCUUUUGAAACUAAUAUGUUGUAAUGAAUUUGUUGUAGCCUGAAUCAUGUGUUUUUUUGAGGUAAAUGACAUUUUAUCCUUGGAUGGUAUCAGAUAAUCAUAAUGUGCCACCCAAACACACACAUGCACACACGUCAGUGCCUUUGAAUGAAAACUAGCUGCAUUUUUUUUUUUUCACAUGUCUGAGCACUCUGUAGUAUUGCAGAGGAAUAACAUUGAUUGGUUGUGAAAUGGCAUCUGGGGGCGGGGGAGGUGGCUUUAAACUUGUGUCAUAUAUCAUGUGUUUCAAAGAGCCAAUGGCGGCCGGUUUUCCAUGGUGACGGGAGGAACUGAACCUGAUAAUUCAAUCCAGUAAGAAAUGAUGUUGAGAUGCAUUUCUGAUGCCACAACAAAUCUUAAGGGGAACGUGCCAACAUAGUUUGUAGUAGCUGAGGAAGAUUGGAGUAU